AUGAUCAGGGCGCCCUCCAUGACGGCCGACAAGGGGCAGGCAAAGGGGGCGAAGUCGCCUGAGCAGAUGGACGAGUGGGUGGAGGAGGCCAUCCAGCAGCUCAGGACCAACAUCUUGGAGGUCCCGAAAGCUCUGUUUGCCACCCUCGAUCCCCAGGGGCUGGGAGCGCUCACGCCCGUACAGUUCCAGCUGUGGCUGAAGAAGGCGAUGCCGAGCUUGGACACCCAACAGGUCGGCGGCAUUUGGCGGAGGACGGACGCAAACUGCGAUGGAAAAGUCUCGGAGGAG